GGGCAUGCGAUCCGACUCUACGGAAUCCACGGUUAUAUAGCACCGGCUCUCAAAGUUCCAGUUGUCCAUGGCUUGGUCACCGUUCCUCCUUCUCUCCCUCGUUUCUCUCGCAUUCUCUACCCCACUCAACCGACGAUGGGAUGACUUUGUCGAGAAACAUUCCUGGGGUGCCGUCAUUCCCAAAGGCUGGCAAUUCCAUUCUUCCCCUUCUCCAGAUACCCUCAUCGACCUUCGCUUGGGCCUCAAAUCUGCUCGUAUUGACGAGCUCUUCCACCACCUCGGGCAAACCAGUGACCCUGAUCAUGAACGUUACGGAAACCAUCUAUCCAAAGAACAAGUCGAAGAACUCGUCGCUCCACACACCGACACCGUUUCUAUGGUAGAAGAAUGGCUGGCUCAUCACGGGUAUCAAGGGUCUGCAGCCUCUCCAGCGGGUGAUUGGGUUACCAUCCGGCUACCAGUCAAAGAUGCCGAGAGGAUGUUGAGCGCAGAGUAUGGAUUAUACCACCACCCAUCUUCGAAAGACACUGUUCUACGCACUCUUUCGUACUCUCUUCCUCGCGCUCUUCUCGGACAUGUCGAUACCGUUUCUCCUACCACGUACUUUGGAACAUUCAAGAGCAUGCGUGCGACGUCGUUCUUGAUGCCCGAGGUGGAUUUGGAUCCUGAUGCUGUACCCCCGGCGACUUGCGAUAGGAGAAUUACCCCGGAUUGCUUGAAGACCUUGUACGACGCUGCCAACUAUACCCAACAAGCUUCCAGUCGGAACUCUCUCGGCGUUGCUGGUUACCUUGACGAGUUUGCCAAUCGGGCUGAUUUGCAGACCUUCCUCAGACAGUUUGUUCCAGCACGAACAGGCACCAAUUUUACUACCGUCCGCGUCAAUGGUGGUGGUGAUGACCAGAGCAUUCCUGGCGUCGAAGCCAACUUGGAUAUCCAGUACACUGUUGGGAUUUCCGCUCCCAUUCCCAACACUUACUACAGCACCGGCGGCUCCCCACCUUUCAAUCCCGACUCCAACACUCCAACCAACACCAAUGAACCCUACCUCGACUGGCUCAACUUUAUUCUCUCCCAGUCUUCGAUCCCUCUCGUCUUCACAACCUCCUACGGUGACGACGAACAAACCGUUCCACCCGACUACGCAACCAAAGUCUGCGAUCUAUUCGCUCAACUAGGCGCACGUGGUUCCAGCAUCCUCUUCAGUUCAGGAGAUGACGGUGUCGGCGCUGGAGACUGUACGACAAACGACGGUCAAAACAGAGUUCAAUUCCAACCCGAGUUCCCAUCUUCGUGUCCUUUCGUUACCGCUGUUGGAGGAACCACGAGGACGAAUCCAGAGGUCGCUGUUGAUUUCUCUGGUGGUUCAUUUUCGAAUUUGUUCGCGAGGCCGGAUUAUCAGACUGCGGCUGUGACGACUUUCUUGAAUCAGUUGGGGACUACGAAUAAUGGGUUGUUCAAGUAUGUGUUUCGUUAUAUCCGUCAGACGUUUCUGACGCUAUUUAUAUCUAUUAGCAAAACUGGACGUGCAUACCCAGAUAUUGCAGCUCAAGGGACCAACUUCCAAGUUAUUGUUGGUGGUAAAGUCACCUCUGUUGGCGGAACGUCCGCUUCAUCACCCACUGCUGCAGCCAUCAUUGCUCUCCUGAACGAUGUUCGUCUGGCCGCUGGAAAAUCUUCCUUGGGAUUCUUGAAUCCUUUCAUCUAUAAGAAUGGUGCUGCAUUCAAUGAUAUCACGAGUGGUAAUAACCCUGGAUGUGGGACGAAUGGAUUUGAUGCUGGUGUUGGGUGGGAUCCGGUGACGGGAAUGGGAACGCCUAAUUUCGCCAAGUUGAGAUUGGUUGUGUAAAGGGGGAAUAAAUACGUAUUCAGCAAAUUCGGAACCGGUGCUCUGAUUCAUUUGAUAUCAAAGAUAUAUAUACCUUCUUGAAGUUCGAGCCC